AUGGCCCCUCCCGCCGCCCCCUACUCCUCUAGCGGGAGCCUCGACGACUUUCUCGACCCCCUCCGAAUCGACCUCGACCGCUGCCACCACCUCUCCCGUCUCUUCUUGGCUAACUUUGCCCACCUCGCCGCCGAGUCGCGCGACCAGUUUCUGCCCACGCCCAUAUCCGAGUCCAUACUGCGACCCGUCGCCGACCACGGCCAAGGACGGCACCUUGCUAUAGACAUAGGCGGAACAAACCUCCGCGUUGGCUUCGUUCAACUCGUCGCAAAGCCCGAUGUCAAUGGCUUCGCUUCCAAUGGCCGCAUCCAGCGCCACCUGGAAAAGUCGUGGCCCAUAUCCGAUCAACUCAAGAGCGACAACGCCGACAGCCUCUUCCGUUGGAUAGGGAAAUGCAUCGCCGAGGUGGUCGACGAAGGGUGUCGGGCAUUCCAAAUCUCUCGCGACGCGCCGCUGCCGCUCGGCGUCACCUUUAGCUUCCCGACCGAGCAGCGUUCCCUGUCCGAGGCCACCAUCACCUCCAUGGGCAAGGGUUUCGCCCUCCCGCCCGACGUCGAGCUCGGCGCGCGCCUCCAGCAGGGCUACGACAAGAUGCGGGCGGCCACCCACCUCCCUCCUAUCAGAGUCGUCGCCAUCGCCAACGACUCGGUCGCAACCCUCGUCUCCUUCAUCUUCAACUACGAUGGCACCGCCCAUCGCCGGGCCGCCAUGGGCCUGAUCCUCGGCACCGGCAGCAACGCCACGGUUCCCCUGCGGUCCAACCACCUUCAUCCCAGCAAGCGGCCGCAAAAAGUGAGCGUCCUGCCCGGCGAGGCAGUCGACGACGUCAAGAUUGCCGUCAACACCGAGUGGAGCAUCAGGGGGACAGAGCCACCGAUGCGCCAGCUGGGGUUCAUCACCCCGUGGGACGACCAACUGAGCGCCAAAAACGAAACCCCGGGCUUCCAGCCGCUCGAGUACAUGACGGCGGGCCGAUAUCUCGGGGAGCUGGGCCGCAUCAUGCUGCUCAGUUACAUGACCGAGACGCUCGGCCUGCCGUCAAAAGUGCUGCCGCCGGCGCUGCUCGAGGCGCACAGCCUGACGACGACGUUCCUCAGCCACUUCAAACCGCUGGGGCCGACGUCGGCCCUCGUGUCCAAGCUGAGGACAACGUUCCCGGAACGCCAGCAGGAGACGGGGUUUGCGUGGACCGAACACCUGGCCGAAGCCCUGUACCGCAUCGCCAAGGCCAUCGAGCUGCGGGCAGCCGGCAUCACGGCGGCCGGCAUCUUGGCCCUGUUGACGCUGGCGGAGGAGCUGCCGGCCGAAGGGGCGAGCGCCGAGCCGUCCGCGGGAGAGUUCGGGGUGGGGUACACGGGCGGGUGCAUAGUACCCUUCCAGGACUACUUGGCAGACUGCCAGAGCCUGGUGGACGGGCUGGUGGUGAAGAGAUACGGCAGGGAGUCGCGAGUGCGGGUGGCGCUGAGCCCCUGCCACGACGGGGGGAUAACAGGAGCUGGCAUCCUGGUGGCUGCGGCUCUCAGUAGCCAGGAAGCCGGAGGUGCGAGCGGCGUAUGA